GAUGAGCUCUCCGGUCGGGAGUGACCAAGGCGGCAGGUGAGGGAUGCGAACAGUUCACUGCGAGGAAUAUCGGUGCCGCCCUGGUGUUCAUUUACCGGCGAGUGUUUCGUGGGCGUUGGUCAGCGACGGCUGGAGACGAUCGCCCGUGUGUGCCGUGUCUCCGCCUCCCGUGCUGUGUGCCGGCCUGCCGCAGUGCCUGGGGGCAUGUUUAAGCGGACCGCCGCCGGGCAGCCGGCUGCACCGUGCAGAGUACCGGUCACGGCAGGCCCGAGCGGUGCCCAGCGCGGAGUGAAGUGAGCUCGCCGCCGUGAGCCGCUAGACUGUGCUGGUGACCCCACGGUACGAGCUACCCUUGCCUCAGUGAUAUAGGGCAAACUUCGUCGGUGACGGUACGGAACGAGCCGUCAUCGCCACAGUGAUACCGGAAGGCUGACCGGUCGGCUGUUUUAUGUGAAGCCAAAAGGCUUCAAUCCGAUCCAGUCCAAAGAUGAAGAUUCAUGCAAGACAUAUACUUCUUCUGAUGCACGUCACAUUUGGCCUAAGUGCUGCUGCAAUAGUAAAAGAAAACACUGGCCGUUAUGCUGUGGAAGGCGCCACUCCAUCCUCCAUGUUUGUCGAGGUGUCAGCGUCGUACAACUCGAGCUUCGUCAAAGUCAACGGACGAUAUGUGCACUACCAGGACUACUCGGACGAGCAGCGCAGCGGACUGCACCUGCUGGUCCUCCACCCUUCCACGGGCGCCGUGAUGGCCCGCCGCUUCAACCCUGGUCACUUCAAGGCCGGCUACAUGGACAUCGUGCAGUUCCUACAGCGGGUCCAGCCCGGGAGGAUUGUCGUCCUCUGCACUCAGCACGAGGCCAGUUUCAGUCUAGAGCCGAUCACGCGUCGCUAUUUCGCCACCUUUGCGCCGCAUCUGGCUGGAAUCGGUCGGAUGAGUCGAUACGCGCUGGUGAUGAGACACGGUGGUGCCGUCUUCGCCGAGGGCUACGUCUUCCACAAGUCCAUGCGCCUGCCGCAAGAGCCGCUGCUGGUUACCGCUACUGUACCCAUCGACCCAGAACUAGGUAGACCCUGCAUGUGGACAGAUCGCACCCGGGCGCAGCAGCGUACCGACUUCUGCGACAAGUACGAGGGCUUCGGCGGCCUGUGCAACUGCUCGGACCCCGAUCCCUUGGACAGACCCUUCCGACCGUUGCUGCAUAACCGAACGUUUCACUACCCGAUCGCAAUUCUGGGUGGCGACAGGGCAUCAUAUUUAUAUAGGUCACUGGAAACUCUGCUACCAAAUCGCGGACUGAACAAAACAAGGGUGACCAUUUUCCUACAAGACUACUACGAAGAAGUCCAGGAACUGGCUGCUCUGCUGGACAUCAGAGUCGUGGUGAAAACUACAUCCUCCAGCGCCAAGGGCGGAAAAAUCAGCAUGAACAUGAAGAACGCGAUUAAGACGUCGUUCGAGCUCUUUCCGGACGCCGACAAGCUGAUAGUGCUUGAGGACGACCUUUAUGUGUCACCAGACUUCAUCAGCUAUUUCGCCCAGACGGCUCCCCUGCUCGACGAGGACGUCACGCUGUACUGCGUCUCUGCCUGGAACGACCUCAGCUACCGGCACAGCUCGGCGGACCCGGCGCUGCUCUACAGGACGUCCUACUUCCCCGGCCUGGGCUGGAUGAUGAAGAAGUCCAUUCUGAUGGACGAAAUGAUGCCGAAAUGGAAACCGACAUGGUCUACCUGGGACUGGGACAUGUGGUUCCGUACUGAGGACGUGGCGCUGUACCGCGAGUGCGUCGUGCCGGACGUGUCGCGCACCUACCACUUCGCCUACCUGGGCGGACACGUGUACAGCUACCUGCAGUACCAGUACUACUCGGACAAGUCGCUCAACACCCUGCCCGACGUAGAGCUGCACGACGUGGCCAGCAUGACCUACCCCAACUACCGUCGGUCCAUCUACAAGCUGUUGCCGUCGCUGCGCGUGCCACCCAUGAAGCCGUUCUACCGCACCUGUCUGGAGCUGUUCCCGGAAACACCCGACCCGGAGGAACGAAAACGACCCUACUAUCUGGCAUUCACCAUGAAACACGCAUAUGACAGAGGAGGGAUUCACAACAUCAUGUCGUGUCUCGGUCUGUGGGACCUGGACGUUCGGGGUGACCACAGAGGAAUGUGGAGAUUCUUCAUCAACGGCAACCCCGUCAUCGCCAUGGGCAUGCCGUUCUCAGAGUACGGCGACGGAGUAAUGGGUGCCAUUGGACUCACCCCUGUUUUCGAUUUCAAGAAAUAUAAUAUCGAAAGGAAACGCGAGCCUUCUCUAGACGGCGGUAACCCCAAGGUACACGAAUUUGUGUCUCCCGAUGAAGAGGAGACGGAAGAUAGCGCCGCUGAAUUGGACGAAUUUGAACUCAAUGCAUAUGACGAAACGGGCGCAUCUAUUCCGAAACUCGGCGAAUGAAGGACAAACAUAUCUGAUAAAACAACAUUUACAUUACGCAUAUUGCAAUGCUUGACACAAUACAAUGUCAUGUAAUAGGGGCAAAGGGCCUUUGACAAAGUGAACGGUAGAAUAAAUGUGUCAUAUCCUUCGCACCCGAACACCACAUAUGGGUGUGUAGGCGGCACGUUAGUAGCUCUCUCCGAACACAAAGUUAGUUGUCAACGGUGAAUAUUCUUGAUUGAGCACGGUUUGAGAGCACUAACAAUUUUGUGCCAUGGCGUGUGAAACGAGAUACUUGUCUUCUCGAAAUACACAAAGGGUUAUUUCACAUAUUGUGCCCGUGAAUUCACAAGACGAAUAAGUAUUUUAGUGGUUCAAAUUCAGCAGAUAGAGCUUGUUUAGCUAUUCUAAGCAUUCCAUUUCACAUUUUACGGAGGCUAAAACGCCUUUGAGUCACGAUAUUAAUUUGAAGAUUAAAAAAAAACGGAAUAAGUGCGCUGGACAGGUACACCCAAAGGUACACACAACCUUGGGUAUGUAUGUACAACGGUCCUCGAUCUGAACUAAAAGUGAUAUAUGUAUGUACAUAUGUGUAACGGAUUGAGGUUCUGAGCGAUGUCAUAUGAGCCUCUCAUGUGCUGUGUUGAUGCCACAUUAAUACAAACAACCUGACAAUUAAA